AUGGCGCAGCAGCAGCCCUUGCUAUCCCAGGAGGAUGGGCGAGGACACCAAAUGCAAGCAGCAAACGUGCAACUUCUUGCUCAGCUUUGCCAUCCCGGAGAUUUCCUUUCCGCCAAAAUUCGCACGAGUUUGGUAAGAGAGACCUUGCAAUGCGUCGUCUGUUGCCCAGCUUGUCGGCAGUUGCAGGCCCAGAAGCCAUCCCCUGAGACUGCCUGGGAUACAAUCUUCGCUGCACCGCACAGCUUCCACGAGCCCGAUGCUUGCUACGGCCUGGGGGUCGUCGUCCAUGCUCUCGCCAACACCCAGAACCUCUUGAAAGAGGACUGGUACCACAAGGCCGUGGAGCAUGUUUGGGCCACGCUUCAGAAGCUAGGCGAGGUGCCGCCCGAAGCCAAGGACACAGCGCAGGAGCGGCUGUACCGCAUGACCGAGUUCAUUGCUUGUGUUGCUCUGGCAGUGGGCCACCGCACAUUCUACCGCGCCCUUGGCAAGGAGCCGAUUCUCGAUCAACCUCCGAUGCCGUCGCCGCGCUCCUAUUCAAACAAUGGCGCCCCCAUGUUCAAGACCGCUGAGGAGGUCUCCAGCCGGCUUGGAAGGAAGGAAGGCUGUGGAUGGGGCCCUUGCCUCGACAAGGCAAGCCUCACUCCGGGCUUGAAGCUUGCGAAUGGAGAACUUUUGGCAGAUUGCUUCACUUGGCAGCUGCGCCCGCAAGUGCCCACAAGCAAGUGGACCCCAGCCUUGUCCACAGGCCUUGCAGUGGGGCUACGGCGGCUGGGGCCGAGGGGCAAAAGAGUGUAUGAUAAGAAUAACGAGUAUUAA